UUGGCUCUGGCUUACGUCAUGCCUGUCAGCAACACCCCCGGCACGCGCCCGCCCACUUCGCACCAACAGUUCGGCCCAACUCGGCCUUGGCUCCGUACUUCCGGUCUUUGAGCUCCGCCCCCCAUAACUCUGCCCCCCGCCUCCCAGGUCCCCGCCUCUUCUCCCUCGGUUACAGCUGCUGCGCUCUUUGCUAAUUUCCUUGUCUGCUUGGUCCUUGCCGGCCGGGAUCUUCUCUGGCCAUUACCCCAGACCAAUCCACGUUUAAUCCUGCCGGCGCUCUAUCCAGGUGGGCUGCCCGCGCUCUUCCUCCUGACGCCCUGAAUCCUUUUUCCUCAUUCAGCCGACUCCAAGCCUCAGGUUCGCCUACCAAACGAAGGAGAGCAGCAUGGAGGAGGAGUGCAGGGUUCUGUCCAUCCAGAGUCACGUCGUCCGAGGCUAUGUGGGCAAUCGAGCGGCUACUUUUCCCCUGCAAGUUUUGGGAUUUGAAAUCGACACAGUGAAUUCGGUCCAGUUUUCAAAUCAUACAGGUUAUCCAAACUGGAAAGGUCAAGUGUUAAAUUCAAAUGAACUCCAUGAGCUGUAUGAAGGCCUGAAGCUGAACAAUGUAAAUAAGUAUGAUUAUGUUCUCACAGGUUACACAAGAGAUAAAUCAUUCCUUGCAAUGGUAGUCGACAUAAUCAGAGAACUGAAGCAGCAGAACUCCAAGUUGGUGUAUGUGUGUGAUCCGGUGAUGGGUGACAAAUGGAAUGGAGAAGGCUCCAUGUAUGUUCCAGAAGAUCUCCUUCCAGUCUACAAGGAAAAAGUCGUGCCUGUAGCAGAUAUAAUAACUCCAAACCAGUUUGAGGCUGAGUUACUUACUGGAAAAAAGAUUUCUACACAAGAAGAAGCAUUAGAGGUAAUGGAUAUUCUUCAUUCUAUGGGACCAGAGACUGUAGUGAUCACCAGUUCUGACUUGCCAGCUUCUUCAGGCAACAAUUACCUGAUUGCUCUGGGAAGCCAGAGAAAGCAAAGACCAGAUGGCACAAAAGUGACAGAAAGAAUCAAAGUCGAAAUUCAGAAAGUGGAUGCCGUUUUUGUGGGAACAGGAGACUUGUUUGCUGCAAUGCUCCUGGCUUGGACACAUAAGCAUCCAAAUAAUUUCAAGGUGGCAUGUGAAAAAACUGUGUCAGCCAUGCAUCAUGUUCUCCAGAGGACUAUUGAAUGCGCUAAAGCACAAGCUGGGAAAGGGAACAAGCCCAGUCCAGCCCAACUGGAACUGAGAAUGGUCCAAAGCAAAAUGGAUAUAGAGAAUCCAGAGAUAAUAGUAGAAGCCACUGUGUUAUAGAAAAUAUGACCAUGUCACUCAGUAACGCACAAUGUAUUGAUGUCUUUGUUUCCCUUCCUGUAAAAAUUGUAAUGUCUGCCUGAAAGAUGUGAUUUAAACUUGAUAUUUUUUCUCUCACAAAAUAGUGUCAAAUAUCAGCAGAUCUCUUGUUGUAAAAAAUAUGUAGUGGGUAUUUGGAUUUUAUUUCCAUGUUCAGAGAAAGAUAUCUUUCCCCUCAAAAUGCAAUUCCCUUCAUUGUCUAGUGCCCUGGACAAUAUCACAAGAAUGUCUAUUUUAAAAUCCUCAGCAUUUAGAUUUGUUCAUGGAAUUAGUCUGGAGGAUGAGUACUGGAAGACUGGAAUUCCUUAGAGAAAUGCUGGUAGUAUAUACAAUAUUAUCACUCAGUCAUUUGUAAUGCCGAUGGAGUUGACUACGUACUGUUUCUGACCUGAACAAUUUGAGGUCCUUGGACACAUUCGAUUUUUUAAAAAAAAUUCUAGUAAUCCUUUAUUUUAUUUUUCUUCCAUGACUUACUUUGGACUUCACAGACGACAAAGCAUUGGGGGCAGCAUUCUUGUACUAUUCAAAUAACUGCCGUUUACCUCUUACUUUGUUUCUGCUGUAGAGAUAAAGGCAAAUCUUUUUGUUUUUAUCUUUAUUUUAAAAAACCCCUUCUCUUAAAUUUCUGGGGAAGGAAGAUUUUUUUUUCAAGAUUAAGAAACGAAGCCAGCUAACUGUUGGGCCAGGACCCAAUAAGUAGCUGCCUACCCAUAAUUACAAUUCUCUUGCUGAUGCCAGUUUGCUUGGUGUUUCUCCAUCAAUACAUGAAAACAAAUCCUAACAAAGAGAAUUUGUAGUGUUUGACUUUUUAAUCAUGAGCAUCUUUAUCUAAUAAUACUAAGAUGGAGAGCAUAAGACACUGAAGAGUGUAGCAAGGAUCACAAACUAUUGAAAUAUUUGUAGGUGUUUUUUUCGCCUGAAAAACUAGUUUUUCUUAGUUAACUUAUGUGAACAUUUCAUAGUAUGCUGUCAAACACACUGUAAUUACAAUGUAGCACUACUGCCAGAUAGUCACAAGUCUUUGUUCUACUUUCCACAUUCCUGUCAAAAGAACUUAGAACCAGGAGGUUUUAAGACCAGCCUAUAUCUGUCCUUAGACAAAAGGUCUCUUCUCAAAACCAGCAGCAGAACUUCAGCAGUUUGUUCUUCCCUUGUGGUGACAUCUCUUUGUGUUAGAGAAGUCAUCCAUAGAUGUGUUUCCUUGUUUGUUGGAAUCAUGGCUAUGAACUUACUGGAGAAAAGUUCUGCCCUCCCUAAUCCUCUCAUCUGAGAAGGAUGACUGAUCCCAUUGUCUUGCCUAGAUUUAGAAGGUACUAUUAGAGUUAAGGUGAAUAGCAUUCUAGGUGAAUUAUAUAUUCUUAUUACCACCUUUGACUUGUAUCACCUGCUUAGCUUUCACCACCUACUACUUGUUGCAAGUCACUCUCCUUUUGUCUGUGGAGUAAUCCUUUGUAUAAUUUAUAACUGAAUCUUAUCACUUGACUUCUAAAGAAGUUGAGUAGUCUACUAUGAAAUAAGGAUUUGUAACCAAGCUAUCAGGACUGUUUUGAUGAGUGAUGUUUCAGCAUGUGAGUAUUGAUGAAAGGAGAACCAAAUGUUUUCACAUCACCUACCUAACACAAAUAAAAAGACCAUUUAAGUUAUGUCAGCAAAGCAGAGCUUAGUAGUUUACUAUGGUUAUCAAACUACAUUUUUAAUUUUUUGUCUUCCAGAAGUGCAAUUUUUUUUUCUUAAAAUAAAAUAGAAAACUUUGCUCUCUGUUAAGCUAUCAUUUCACAUUAUAAUUUUAUGUUCAUUUCAAAAAAUCUAGUUCUUUCACAGUUGAAUCUGCUGCUAAAUGUCAGAGUUAGACAUAAACAAGUUGAGUAGUCUACAAUGAAAUGAGUAGAUCAUUUCUUCUUUGUUUAGCUCUUGUCUGGAGAAGCCAGUACCAUCAUUCCCUACAUAGUGAUAACAGUUCAGGAUAUUCAUAUCAAUUUUGUAGUUAAAAAAGAGUCUUCUUGAGUCUUAGAAUUUUUUGUCAGAUCAGAAGUAAAGAGCUUUGGAAAAGACCUAUUUGAUAUUUCAAGGUGAAAAGAUUCCAACAUUCUGACAUAGACCCCAAGAAAUCAGUAUAAAAGAAGUCUAAAAUCAGUAGUACUCCAAGCUUUUACACUUAAGUUAAAAGUCUUUGGAAACUUAAAAUCAAAGCAAGUUCCAAGGCAUUAUUUUCAACCUUAGUAUAUAUUUUGGGUCAGGACAAAGGAGGAUAUAGAAAUACAAAAUAAAAAUGCAAUUAAUAUAUUAAAAUUUGAAGGAUUUUCCUGAUCUGUGAUCUGAAAUUGUGGUAUAUACACUAUGACUUUUUUUAAAUGCCCUUUUUUGUUUAGAAGACACUGAUUUGUAAAUUGUUUUAAUUAUCAUUUAAAUGGUAAAAUUGUGUACUGUGUUAGGUUAUACUUAUUUAGUAUCUUGUCUCAAAACAACCAGAAAAUUUUUACUAAGCUUCCUGUAUAUUCCCCUGGCUUUGAAAUUAUGGUGUUAUUUGAAAUAAUCUGAAAUAUCAUCUCUUUUUUGAUUCAUUUGUCCUUGGAAAUAUGACCUUAAACAGUACUUUGCUUUAAAAAGUACUGAAAAGCAAGUACUUUGUGCCAAAAGUUAUCUCUAUACCAUGCACAAAUACAUAUAUACAUACAUAUACAUAUAUAUGGUUUUUUUAAAUUCACUAUAUACAUAUAUACAAAUGCUUUAAAAGUACUUAUAAUAGGCAUGUUAACAUGCGGUUACUACAUAGAAAUCAUUUUAGUUCCAUAAGAAAACAAGGUUGUAUUGAUGUAUCGUCAUUGCUUUGUUUAUCAUCCCUACUUUAAAGGAAAUUUAUUUUUCAUCAUGACUAUAACAAAAAUCACAAAGUGAUUUUUAUAUCAUUUAUAUGUGGAGCACAUCCCCAAUCAACCUUUGUGAGAAAAGGUGUUGAUUUGUAGUUUCAAAUUCAAAGAUUUAUCAGUGGAAAUAAAAAGUAUCUCUGAUAUGAUAGCCAUGUGAGAAAUAGUCUCAGAUUUUUACUUGCACAAAGAUCUAAUAAGUGAUGAUAGGCUUGAAAGAUUUAUUGGAACAGAAUUACUUGUUAAUAUUAAAGCAUCUUAAUUGUUCUCACUGUACUGUAAACUUUAAAGUGUUAUGCAAAGGUCAGCUAUUGAUAACAUUUUUCAACCCUUUCUCUGUUAAAAUGUUACUAAAGUAUGGCAUUACAGAAGGAUGUAAAACUGAUCCAUUUUUAUUUGCUUAUUUUAAUUAAUCAUCUGGUACUUGUAAUGGUAAUUGUAAUGAUCUGCUUUUAAUUUGAAAUUUGUCGCUAGAUUUUUAUAAAAUGAUUCUGUUAUAUUAUUCAUAACAAUUCUUAGAACCUAUUUUUAAAUAUAUUAUUUCAACAAACUAAAUUGGUUUAAUUGCACUGAUACAUGAAUCAAUUUUAAUUAAGGUUCUCUUAGUAUUGCGUGAAAUAGGCAAAAGGAAAGCCUACAUUGUGAUUCCUGAAGUGCCCUGAUGUAAAAUAAUAAUUAUUAAUAACACAUGAUUAUAAUAAAUAUAUAUAUUUA